UCCUCAUCUCAAUAGUUCACACUUGCAACUAAAACCCCAAAACAAUAGUGAGAUUUCCCUCCGCAACAACGAACAGAAGCUAAUCUUGUGUCAUCGCCGUUCUCAACUGAACUUUUAUUCGGAUAAUUCUGUCAAACUUGUUUUGGUGGAAAGUUCUCUUCAGAAAGUGAUAAUUUUGAGCUCUGUCAUAGUUGCCUGAAAUUGAAGGAUGGGUGAGGUCCUUCUAGGUAUGCCUGGACCUUGGGCUGAUGAUUAUUGUGAACCAUCUGAUCAUUAUACUACUAAAGUUGGUGGAAUUCCUGAUUGGCCUCUUCCUAAGGAUGCCCUAAAUUGUAAUCUGCUUGAGUGUAGCGUGUGUGCAAGCAAACUCAGUCUUAUUGCACAGGUUUAUGCUCCAAUUUCGAGUAAAAGCUUAAAGAUAGUAGAGCGCACUAUUUUUCUUCUGGGUUGUUUGAUGCCAAAUUGUGGGAGCAUUCCUCUUAGCUGGCGAGCUCUUCGCAUUCAGAGAUUAAGUAAAGUGGAGGAUUUAAAUAUCAUGUCUCACGAAAAGGUUGAGCAAGGUGAAUCUGUUUCAAAGACAAAUUUAUGGCAGGAUUUGGAUGAUGAAGAUGAUGAAGAGUUGGAUCUAGAAGAGUUGGGUAAAGCACUUUCUGAUGCUGCAACAGUGGCUUCUUAUGCCAAGAAACCUCAUUGUGAUGGGCAUCCAAAGACCAAGAAGCCUUCACCAUUAAGCACAACAUCACAAGUUGAAGAUACUAACACACCAGUUCUACCUUGCUUUUACAUAUACAUGCAAGAGGAACCACUUUCAAGGGAUGUUAAUUCAAUUUGUUUGAACUACUCAUCACUUUCCAUUAAGGCCAGUGGAAAUAAUGAUGAGGAUACCGUAUCAGAAGAAUCAUGGGCAGAUGAAAAAUAUGAAUACGAUAAAGCGUUAACUGCUGAUAGGACUUACCUGAAGUUUAAGAAACGAUUGGAUGCAUACCCAGAACAAUGUUUCAGGUACUCAUAUGGUGGAGAACCACUUGUAGCUGAAAAAGAGGAAUCAGACCCUGGGAAGUGCAGGCUGUGUGGCAGUUCAAGACACUUUGAAAUGCAACUAAUGCCACCAUUAUUGUACUUUCUACUUGAGGCAGCUGAUGAUAGUCAAAGGCAGUCACUGGAAAACUGGAACUGGAUGACCCUAGCAAUAUACACCUGUUCCGCUAGCUGUUCACUUUCUUCUGAUCAAGAGAAUACUAGGAGUGACGGUUGGAUUGUGGCUGAGGAAGCUGUCUCAGUAGAAUCUGAGAAAUCUUUAGAUGAGUUAGCAGAACCUGGCUAUUUCAAUUCAUCUCAUCACGAGCAGUAGGGGGGGUUACAAAUGGUACGUUAUAAACCAAUACGUGCGUGUAUGUAUGAGCGAGUAUUUUUGGGCUGCAUUGGUUGAUAUUGUCAAGUAGAUCACUACAAUCUGGCCAUUCUUUGGAGUGAAGGGAGAUUGUUUGGGUAUACAAAUUUUGCUUUUAUUUUCUUUUUAAUGAAAAAAAAAAAGUUUAUAUUUUCUACAUCACUUAUAUCUUGGUCCUAGACUUACUAAAUGCAUAAUAAACUCUUUCGCUGUGGUCCUUGCUCCGUUCUUUCA